AUGGCCGCCAAUGACUUGAUUUGCAUGGUGUUUUUAGGCGAGAAUGCCAUAUUCGUGAAGCUUAGUUCGACAACAAGCUUUUAUGAACUCCAAUUUGAUGUGUCUGAAAGAUUGAAAGUACCUAAAGAAGCUUUAUCCUUUAUAUUUAAAUCUGAGAGGCACCCCAACCUCAGUUUUUCAGUUGACAACGAUGAUGAUUUGAAGUGCAUGUUGGAGCACAAUCGAAAUAUUGGUUGUACGGAGAUUCACAUGCAAGCUGCUGUUAAUGUAGAGUGUUCCACUUCAAGGAAAAAUCAGAUUAGGGAAAUUAGUGAUGCCUCUUUGAAUGUAGAAUAUAGUCGUCCUCCUCCAGGAAAUGCAUCCAAUUCAGAGAGAAUCCAAAAUGAUUUCCCGUCUGGUGAGGUUGUAAUGAGAGCUGAUGAUAUUCUCAACAACACUUCCAGCAUUCCUCAAUGGUGGCACACAACAUUAACUGAAAAGGGGCAACAAUUUGAGACUGUAAACGAAUUGAGACUAGCUUUGCAGUACUAUUCCAUGGCGAAAAAAUUUGACUAUGAAUUUGUAAAGAACGAACCCAAACGUAUCCGAGUAUGUUGUCGAUAUAAGGAGACAUAUGGAUGCCCUUGGAUGCUCUUUGCAUCUCCUGUUAAGUAUGGUAAAAGAAUUGAAAUCAAAAGGUUUGUGAAUGAACACAGUUGUGGACAACAUGCUAACAAUUCAGGGCAAUCACGGGCAUCUCGUAAAUUCAUAGCAGCCCAAUUGCGACCGGUAUUAAAGGCGCGACCUCAAAUCCGACCAAUUGAUGUGCAAAAGGAGUUCCUCACUCGAUAUGGAUUGAGACUUGAAUACAGUAAGAUAUGGUGGGGCAAAGAAAGAGCGCAGGAGGAUAUGUAUGGUGAUAGUUAUGAGGCUUAUGAUCAAUUAAGAUGGUAUGAGCAAAAGGUGAAGGAAACGAAUCCAGGAAGCUACAUAUGCAUUGACCAGAAUGAAGGAAGGUUCAAAAGACUGUUUAUAUGUUAUGCCGCUUGCAUCGUUGGUUUCUUAAAUGGGUGUAGACCCCUAUUAUUUUUGGAUGGGACCUUUUUGAAAGACAGAUACAAAGGCAUGCUCCUGAGCGCCAUAGCAUACGACGGAGACCAAGGGAUAUUUCCGCUUGCGUAUUGUAUAUGUGAUCAGGAAAAUGUUGAUAAUUGGAGAUGGUUCCUUCAAGGCUUGUGGUCCAUACUGUAUGAAAGGUUAGACCCGUACAAUCCUCCCCACCAAUUGGUAAUUAUUUCUGAUGCCGACAAGGGGAUUCGAGAAGCCUUGAAAAUUUUAGAACAAAGCUAA